AUGACCCAACAAGACAAGCCCGCGGUGGUUUGUGUAUUCUGCGGUGCCACCGGAGGUAACGAUCCAGUCCACCUCGAAGCGGCGCGGGGCCUCGCCCAAGAAUUCCACAAGAACAAUGUCCAACUAGUCUACGGUGGCGGAACAACAGGCCUAAUGGGCGAGAUUGCCAGAACCCUCGUUUCCCUCUCCGGCCCCAAGGCCGUCCACGGCAUCAUCCCCGUGCCCUGCAACGGCAACGGCAACGGCACCCCGGAGCAACAAAACGGCGAAGGCAAGGCUGCCGAGCGUGUCGUCGCAGAGGCCAUCGAUGAAGCAGGCAUUCCAGAGUCGGAAUAUGGUAUUACAACUAUCGUGCCGGACAUGCACACGCGCAAGCGCUUGAUGGCCACAAAGGUUAUGGAAGGUGGGAAGGGAUCUGGCUUUGUUUCUCUUGCUGGUGGCUUCGGCACUAUUGAGGAAGUCAUGGAGAUGACGACUUGGAACCAGCUCGGAAUUCACCGGGUUGGUUUGGUGUUGGUGAACAUUAACGGAUACUGGGAUGGUCUCCUGGCCUGGGUUCGCAAUGCAGUCAAGUCGGGCUUUAUCAGCGGCGGGAAUGGAUCGAUAUUGGCUGAGGCUCGUGAUGUGGCCGAAGUUUGGCCCAAGCUUGUGGAGUACCAGGUCAGCCGCGAUCGAAUGCAACUGAACUGGGGAGAGGAAUAA